UCCGGCCAUUCAUACUCCCUGCCCGCCAGUCCCUCCUUGUGGGCUUCUGUGCAGUCGAGCACCGGGAAAGGCGAAGCGCCGCUAGAAUGAAGCUCGUGAGGUUUUUGAUGAAAUUGAGUCAUGAGACUGUAACCAUCGAAUUAAAGAAUGGAACUCAGGUUCAUGGAACAAUCAUAGGUGUAGAUGUCAGCAUGAAUACUCAUCUUAAGGCUGUGAAAAUGACCCUGAAGAACAGAGAACCUGUACAACUAGAAACACUGAGUAUUCGAGGAAAUAACAUUCGAUAUUUUAUUCUACCAGACAGCUUACCUCUGGACACACUACUUGUGGAUGUUGAACCCAAAGUGAAAUCUAAGAAAAGGGAAGCUGUUGCAGGAAGAGGUCGAGGAAGAGGAAGAGGAAGAGGGCGUGGCCGGGGCAGAGGAAGAGGGGGUCCUAGAAGAUAAUGUCUCAGAAUUAUUGCUUCAAAUUGAUAGUGAUGGGGAUAUUUUUUGUACAGGUUUUGUUUGUUUGUGUCAGUUUUUAAUAAACAUAAGUGUGGGGUAGAAAAAAAAA